UUACUUCUAAGUAUCAAGGUGACCAUGUGUUUGUAUCAAUUUUAUGAAUAAUCAUUCAAUUUUUAUAAUUAAAUUUUUUUCUGUUCUAUAAUUGUUAUAAUGCUGCAUGGCAUUUUUUGGGUAUGUGUUUGAUUAGUCGUUUUGUUUGCAUUUAUAUCAAAAUUGGGUAAAUUUCUAAUUCUGUUCUUUUUGCAAUUUUCAUGUCUUUAAUGUCAUGGAAUGCAUAUUACCUAGAUUACUAUUUCUAGGAUUUGUUAAGUUUAUUUACAAUUACCAAUGGCUACUCCUGUGUUUCCUGUACCUCUGCAUUGAAUAUCAUGGACAUGAUCUUAUCUUGGAUUAGGCUACAUUUGUAUAAUUUUAAUAUAUGAGAAUGGGGGAGAUCAUAUUUCUGAAUUUGAAUGUUGCAGUGGAUUCUGAACUUGUUGUGGGCAUUGAUGAUGGGGAAUUCGAUAAUUCUACUGAUAUUGAGCUUGAGCUUUGUAACGAUGUUACAGUGAUUAGACAUUCAGUUGAGGAGACAUCUUUUACUGAUCAAAAUGAUAAAAUAAGUCAUGGUUCUUCUAUGGAGGAGAUUACUAUCUUUGAAGGAGGCGAGCCAUAUGUGGGUCAGGAAUUUGAGUCUGAAGAGGGAGCACAUGCUUUUUACAGUGCAUAUGGCAUGCGUGUUGGUUUCGUUACUCGGAUAAACUACCUCUCUCGCUCUAAACUCGAUGGAUCCAUUAUUGGUAGAACUCUUGUCUGUAACAAAGAGGGUUACAGAAAACCUUACAGGAUUGACAAGAAAAAUUCAAAGCCACGAAUUGCCACUAGGGUGGGUUGCAAGGCAAUGCUUUCAGUAAGGAAACUAAGUACUGAAAAAUGGGUUGUGACAAAGUUUGUGAAGGAGCACACUCAUGCGUUGACUGCAGGGAACGCUCAAAAUAUAUUGACUAAUACUCAAAUCCCAAAUGAAAAUGUGAAAAUUCAAGAAUUAACUCAACAACUGCUCCUCGAGAGAAAGCGCUCUGCUUCACUUAGAAAAGUUAUAGACCUUCUAUUCAGUCACAUUGAACAGCACGCUGAAGACCUAUCAAGAAGGGUACAACAUGUAGCUGACCAGGUAAAGGAAAUUGAAUCUGGAAGGAAAACCCCUCAAAACUGUAGAUAAUGUCGCCAUUUGUAACUAAUAUCUUGUAUAUUCUCACAUUGGCCUUUCUUUGGAACAUGCAAUUUUGAAUAUCAAUUUAGUUGCUUUUCA